AUGAACGGCGUCAAGCACGACGUGCCGUCGGAUGGCCCACCGGCUACUCCGCCCAAAAUAGCCUCCUCCUCGUCCUCUUCGGGCGUGGCAGCAAGUGUCGGAGCAACCGCUUCGAAUCUCUCUGAAAAGGCGCUGCCACCCAUCCAGGGCGCACUGCAGUCAGUCAAGCAAGGUGCAAAGGACCUCGUCGACUCGACUUCUGCUCACAAAUCGGCAUUUCCCGCUUCGCACUCGGCAUCAUCCGAAUAUCCUCUACCGCAGUCGCAUCCAGACUCACAGAUCGCAGACUAUGUUCUCGUCUUCCAGCACAUCCCCAAGAAGCACCUUCGCAGCUCUACAAAGGUGCCUGCUUCCGAGCGCGCCAAGAUCGCAGCAGAGUACCAUAGCCUCAUACAGCGCAUCCGCGCCACAGGUCUGCAGGUCACCAGUCGCGACGGUGCUAAAGGGUGCGGUCAGAUCCUCAUCUUUGUCAAAGCUGAUGCGCAGCUGCUGCACAAGCUCGCUCGCCAGGAGGCGCUGUCGGACUAUCUUCACGGCGUUCUAUCCGUACAGCCCCCACCGCCCCGAUCUUCGAGUCUGCAGAGUUCCCACCAGUCAUCGUCCCUGCACCUGACGCCCGCUUCGAGGCUUCGUCUGGUCGACUCGUUGAUCACGCUGCCUAAUCUCGCCAGCCAUGCUGUCAAGGAUGUCGGAGGAGAAUCGCAGGUCCCCUCAGGUGCAGGAUUGCGUUUGGGUCUCUCCGAGUUCCCCCACCUUGUCGAUAUGAGCGCCAUCCACGAUCCCAUCUACAACUCGGCUUGGGUGAAACGGUGGUCGCACACCUCACCUACCAAAGCGUUCUACGGGGUGGGGCUGGAAGAUCUCGACUCGAUCCGCGAGCAUUUUGGCGAGGAUGUGGCGCUGUACUUUGGAUUCCUCAACUACUACUUCCAGGCGUUGGCUCCUGCAACGCUGCUCGGGCUGACGUUCUGGUUGCUCGGUCGUCCCUUUUCGCCCAUCUACUCGCUAGGUCUCGUGACGUGGUCUUGUCUGGUUGUCGAGCUGUGGCGUAUGAAGGAGCGCAAGCUCGCGGUGCGUUGGGGCACGCUCGGCGUGUCAGAAGUCGAUCGCCGACGACAUGACUUUGUCCCGCGCACCACACGUAUCGAUCCAGCCACCGAGGAGCCGGAGGAGGUGUUCGAGUGGUGGCGCAGAGAGCUGCGGGUGAUUGUCUCGCUUCCCACUGUGGCGUUCUUCGCCUCGGUGCUUGCUGCGACGAUGACGCUCAUGUUUGUCGUCGAGAUUUUUGUCACCCAGCUCUACCACGGGCCGCUCAAGCAGGCUGUGCCCUUCAUUCCAACCGCGCUGCUCGUCGUAGCUGUGCCGCAGAUCAUGGCUGCUUGGCAAGCCACCGCGGUUGCUGUAACCAAGUGGGAGAACCACUACAGUGCCAAGUCGUACGACUACUCGCUGACGCUCAAGCGUUUCGCCAUGCAGGCGAUUACCGCCUAUGGAGCACUCACGCUCUCCGCCUACGUGUACAUUCCCUUCGGUGAGCUCAUCAUGGAGACUAUGGUCCAGCGCGGCUACUUCAAACAUUCGAUUCAAGACGCGAUCAAGCAGGGACACAUCAGUCCCAAAGGAAUCGACUUUCACAUCAACCCGGACCGCAUGCACACGCAGCUCUUCGCUGUAAGCGUCACGAGUCAGUUUGUCAACGCGUUCACCGAGCUGGCGCUUCCCGUGCUCAUGCGCAAGUUUGCCGAGUGGCGCGAGCAGCGGUCUGAAGCCAAGACGAUGUCUCAGAGGAGCGCGGGCCCGCAGCGGCAGGGGUCCAUCGACUCGGCCGCCUCGUCCUCUUCGUCGGGUGCUGUGACGCCCCUCAACGGUGCAGAGAGGAGCGAGGAGUCGGAGCGGCGGUUCGUCUCGCGCGUUCGCAAAGAGCUGCAGUUGCCUGCGUACGACCUGUUCGGCGACUACGCAGAGAUGGCGACGCAGUUCGGGUACAUCACGCUGUGGUCGGUCGUGUGGCCGCUGUCGCAAGUCAUGGGAUUCGUCAACAACUUCUUCGAGCUUCGCUCGGACGCGGCCAAGAUUAGCGUGAAUACGCGACGUCCAGUCCCCGUGCGCGCCGAGACCAUCGGGCCAUGGCUCGAGACCUUUGGAUUCAUCGCCUGGUUGAGCGCGCUGAACAACGCCGCGCUCGUUUACUUGUUCCAGCAGUCCGAGCACGCGCAUCUCGCGGGCCAUUCGACGUACGAAACCACCAUGCGCACUCACAUCCAUCCGUCGUCGGUGGGCUUCAACAUCACGGCUGGAAAGACGGUGGACGCGCAGUCGAUGUUCAGCUUCUCACGCCUGCUACCGAAGAGCAUCCCCACUUCUGGGCCGGCGGGCGCAAUCGUCGCUGCGGUCCUGGUGGCGCUGCUUGCAGAGCACGUGUACGGGCUGAUGCGCAGCGGGGUGCGACAUAUCCUGGAGAGGCUCAUUUGGCGGGGUAGUAACGAGGAAAUGAUUGUGAGGAGGAGAGAGUGGAUCUUGCGCGUCGAGACUUUAAAGUUGCACGUUGCUGCGCAGGCCGAUCAGCAGAUCGGCGGUGUGGAGAAGCCGCCGCUUGAUACUGGUGUUGCGGGCGAGGGAUUUUGGAGCAAGGAUAAGGAUGUGGGUGCGUCGGCGAUUCAGGGCUCCGGUAAGACCGAAUGA